AUGUCCGCCCCGACCACAAUGAAGGCUGUCGUCAUUCAAGGUCCCGAGCAGGUCGCUGUCCUUGAGCGACCCAUCCCCAAGCCGGGUAAAGGCGAAGUCGUCGUCAAGGUCAACCUUGCUGCUCUUUGCGGGUCCGACUUGCACAUAUAUCGCGGUCACCAGGCGGUACCCAGGUACGACUUUGUCCUUGGUCAUGAAUUCGUGGGGGAGAUUCACGAAGCAGGCGAGGGCAUCAAAAACUGGAAGAGGGGCGACAAGGUGGUCUCGCCCUUCACCAUCUCGUGUGGCGACUGCUUCUUUUGCAACCGCAACCAGACCGGUCGCUGCACUCAAUCGCGCGUUUUUGGCUCGGUCCCUCUUGAUGGUGCUCAGGCAGAGUAUGUGCUUGUGCCGCUCGCUGACACCACUCUCUAUCCUAUUCCUGACGAUGUUCCCGAAGAGAUUAUGCUUCUGACCGCCGACAUCUUUCCGACGGGCUACUUUGUUGCCAAUAACGCCUAUACCAUGCUGAACGAGGCGGAGCGAAAGGACGUCACUGCCGUGGUGAUCGGUUGCGGUCCUGUGGGUCUCUGUGCUAUCACUGCUGCCUGUUCGUUCUUCAAGACGGUGUACGCUGUUGAUUCGGUGCCUGAGCGUCUGGCCGAAGCCAAGAAGCAUGGGGCUAUCCCGCUCCACUUGACCGAUGAUGACCCUGUCAAGACGGUCAAAGAAGCGACAGGUGGCAGAGGCGCAGAUGUCGCACUCGAAGUCGUAGGUGCAGGCCCGGCUCUCGACCUCGCCGUCUCCAUCGUUCGCAACUUUGGCGUCAUCUCGUCGUGCGGCAUUCACACUCACACCGUGACACUACAAGGGCCGGACCUCUACAACAAGAAUCUGCGCUUCCAAUUCGGCCGAUGUCCAGUCCGUGCCGUUUUCGACCCCGCCGUUAAGCUACUCAGCAAGCACCACGAUCUGUUCGCCAGCUUCAUCCAGCACACCAGACCGAUCGAAGACGCUCCAGAGUACUACAAGCUCUUCAACGAUAGGAAGGUGCUCAAGACCGUCUUCAAGAUGAACCAUGCACAGUGA